UCUAUCAUUCACCCACAAGCUUGUAAUCGUCGCUCAUUCACCACUUCAGAAACUGUUCGGUGAAAUUCGGAGAAGAAUAAAGAUGUACAGAGUAGCAAAGGCAUCAGAAUAUCUUGUGAUAAGCGGGGUUGGAAUAAAAGACAUAAAGCUUGCAAAGAAAGCAUGGGUUCUUCCGGGACAGUCAUGCACCGUCUUCGAUCUCUCUCCGGUGAACUACACUUUCGAGGUUCAAGCCAUGAGCGCAGAGAAGCUCCCUUUCAUUCUCCCAGCCGUCUUCACCAUCGGGCCCAGAGUGGACGACCGGGACAGCCUUCUCAAAUACGCCAAACUCCUCUCUUCCCACGACAAGCUCUCUAACCACGUGAAGGAGCUGGUCCAGGGCAUCAUCGAGGGAGAGACACGUGUCCUUGCGGCAUCCAUGACCAUGGAGGACGUUUUCAGAGGCACCAAGUCCUUCAAACAGGAGGUCUUCGAGAAGGUUCAGCUGGAGCUUAACCAGUUUGGCCUUCUCAUCUACAACGCCAACGUGAAGCAACUGGUGGACGUCGCCGGCCACGAGUACUUCUCUUACUUGGGCCAGAAGACUCAGAUGGAGGCUGCCAACCAAGCCAAGGUUGACGUGGCGGAGGCCAAGAUGAAGGGCGAGGUUGGAGCCAAGCUCAGAGCGGGGCAGACGCAGCAGAACGCUGCCAGGAUCGAUGCGGAGACCAAGAUAAUAUCCACGCAGAGGCAUGGAGAGGGUGUGAAGGAGGAGAUCAAGGUGAAGACGGAGGUCAAGGUGUUUGAAAAUGAACGAGAGGCGGUGGUGGCGGAGGCUAAUUCCGACCUUGCCAAGAAAAAAGCUAUGUGGGCACAGAUGGCGCAGGUAGCGGAAGUUGAGGCCACAAAAGCGGUGGCACUCAGGGAAGCUGAGUUGCAGAAAGAGGUUGAGCGGAUGAACGCUCUCACAAUGACAGAGAAGCUUAAAGCCGAGUUCCUCAGCAAAGCAAGCGUUGAGUACGAAACCAAGGUACAAGAGGCGAACUGGGAGUUGUACAGGAAACAGAAAGUGGCGGAAGCAAAAUUGUUUGAGAAGGAGAAAGAGGCAGAGGCACAGAAAGCAUUGGCAGAGGCUGAGCUAUUUGCAAAGCAAAAGGAGGCAGAGGGACUUUUGUUAAUGGGGCAAGCGCAAGGGGCAUACUUAAGCACACUUCUUGGUGCAUUGGGAGGCAACUAUAGUAAUCUAAGGGACUAUUUGAUGAUAAAUAGUGGCGUGUUUCAAGAGAUUGCGAAGACUAAUGCAGAAGCAAUUCGUGGACUUCAACCAAAGAUUAGUAUUUGGAAUAAUGGCGGAGAAGGAAGUGAAGGUGGUGGUGGAAUGAAGGAUGUGGGUGGUGUGUACAAAAUGUUGCCACCUUUGUUUGAGACGGUGCAUGAACAAACGGGUAUGCUGCCACCCGCUUGGAUGGGAACCCUCUCAUCAAACAAAACUCCUUAAACAUUACAGAGAAAUUUUUGUAAUGUUUCGGGGUCGAUUUCAAUUCAAAUUUAUUAAAAUGGGUCUGUUAAUUUUUUUUUUAUGUUUUGUAAAAUAGAGUCAAGUCGUUAGGGGAGGACGACAUUAUUGGUAAAGUCGUUCUCCACCAUGCCUGUUUUUUUCUUCUUCAAAAAGUGAAGUCAUGUUGUGGGAGAUAGGUUUCUGUUCAUGUGAAAAGUGAAGUCGUGUUUGUACAUCACUUCACUUUGUAAUUUUUGUUAUAUAUUUUUUUAA